ACGGCGGCCCCCUCCUUCGGGCGGCGGGGUGGCUCUGCCCCGCCGAGCUUCCCGGGAUGCGGGCCCCCGGCGCGGGCCCCCGCCGAGCCCCAGGUCGUUGAGGGGCCGGGCGAGGCGCGGAGAUGGGGGUGCGCGAAUGCCCUGCCCGGCUGCUUCUGCUGUCCUUGCUGCUGCUUCCUCUGGGCCUCCCAGUCCUGGGCGCCCCCCCACACCUCAUCUGUGACAGCCGAGUCCUGGAGAGGUACAUCCUGGAGGCCAGGGAGGCCGAAAAUGCCACGGUGGGCUGUGCUGAGGGCUGCAGUUUCAGCGAGAACAUCACUGUCCCAGACACCAAGGUUAACUUCUAUGCCUGGAAGAGGAUGGAGGUCCAGCAGCAGGCUGUGGAAGUCUGGCAGGGCCUGGCCCUGCUCUCAGAAGCCAUCCUGCAGGGCCAGGCCCUGUUGGCCAACUCGUCUCAGCCAUCCGAGGCCCUGCAGCUGCACGUGGACAAAGCUGUUAGCGGCCUGCGAAGCCUCACCUCCCUGCUUCGGGCACUGGGAGCCCAGAAGGGAGCCGUCCCCCUUCCAGACGCAGCCUCCUCUGCAGCCCCGCUCCGAACAUUCACUGUUGAUACUUUGUGCAAACUUUUCCGAAUCUACUCCAAUUUCCUGCGGGGAAAGCUGACGCUAUACACAGGGGAGGCCUGCAGGAGAGGGGACAGGUGACCCGGUGCUCCCACCCCGGGCACGUCCACCACCUUGCUCACCACCACUGCCUGUGCCACGCCUUCUGCACCUCCACUCCCAACCCCUGUCGAUGGGCCAUCAGCUCAGUGCCAGACUGUCCCACGGACACUCCAGGGCCAGCGGUGAUAUUUCAGGGGCUGGAGGAACUGUUCAGAGCUCAACUCAGAUCUAAGGAUGAUGUCACAGGGCCAGCCUGAGUCUCCAAAGCAGGAGGAAUUCAGAGAGUUCAACUUAAACUUGGGGACAGCGCCAUGCUGGGGAGACACUGAUACUCAUCUCAGUGCCUUGCAGAACCGUGAUGCUGCGUGAUGCUGGGACAAGCUGGAGGGCAAAUAAUUCCUUUCGCACCUAGCAAGCAGGGACAGGACGGACUGGAGAAUUUAGGGGGCAAGCCAUGAAUUCUCCAGGUCUCAUGGGGACUCCGUGACAGCAGAGCCCGCUGGAUAAGGAGGGUGGUGGGAGCCGUGAAGAUGGGAUGGGGGCUGGCUCCUGGCUCUCACUGGGUCCAAGUCUUGUGUAUUUUUCAAUCUCACUGGCAAGAACUGAAACC